GAUGAAUUGGAUGUAAAUGAGAAGAAAUUGUUGUGAAGGCUCUCCUGUGUUGGGGUAGUGACGUUUGAUUCGAAAUGCCAGUGUCUUGGGCAAACCCAUUCAUCAACAAAUGGAAGCCUUUUACCGCGUCCAAAGCCCCUAGAAUUUGCAGUGUCCCAUACAGAAUACUUUCGGCAAACAAAAAUUGCUGGUCGUCGACGAAAGACGGAAGUUUAGCUGUUGAUCAAGUUCCAGAUCACCACGGUUCAGAGUCGAAGGAGGCGCCAGAGCUGCAUUGCAACAGACGUCGGUGGCUACUGUUGGCCUCAGGUAGCGCAGCUCUCGCUGAAGCUGAUGCGAAAGAAGCUGCUGCUCAGCAACUGGGCAGUCUACUACAAGAGCCCACAAUAAAAGAAACGAGGAGCUUAAAAGCAUAUAAUACAACAAUAUCCACUGGGAUCCAAGCUGUGAGGACACCAUCAAUAAAUAGGGGCCUAGCAACCGAGGAUGCGGUAAGGACAAAUCUGCACAUGCAGGGCCUUAUCCCACCUGGCCGUACUGAUCUGCAGUGUGAGAUUGAUCGGGCUCAUGCCGCACUUUCCAAAUGCUGCUCGCCGCUUGAGAAAUAUCAGGCGGUGAUGACCCUGAAGGAGACCAAUGGAGACUGCUUCUAUGGCUUGAUGACACAGCAUUUGAAUGAUUAUCUGCCAGUCAUUUACACCCCGACUGUUGGGGAAGCAUGCCAACAGUGGUCUUCCCUGCUUGCCCGGCCGCAGGGCCUGUACAUCUCAAUCUCUGACCUGGGGCAGGUAACGAACAUCCUGAGCAACUGGCCAGAAGAUGAAGUAAAGGUCGCCAUUCUAACUGACGGGGAAAGAAUCCUGGGCUUGGGAGAUCUGGGCUGCAAUGGCAUGGGCAUUCCUGUCGGCAAGGCCGCAGUACACACAGCAGCAGGCGGCAUACAUCCGCGCUACACACUGCCCAUCACCUUAGAUGUAGGAUGCAAUAGAAAGAGCAUUCGGGAGGACCCAUUCUACAUAGGCCUGAGACAGGAGAGAGUGCGAGGGGAGAAGUAUUACCAGCUGGUGGAAGAGGUAGUGGAGUCUCUUAGGCAGCGCUAUGGGCCAUCUCUCGUUAUCCAUUGGGAGGACUUUGCAGCCUCCAACGGUUUCAGCCUGCUGUCAAAGUACCGCGAAAGGGGAUAUGCCACGUUCAACGACGACAUCCAGGCCACAGCAGCAGUGACACUUGGAGCGCUGAUGGGCGCGCAGCGGCUGCCCGGGGUGCCGCCCCUGAGGCAGCAGACAUUCCUGUUCUUUGGGGCCGGCCAGGCCAACUUAGGCGCUGCGCAGCUGCUGGUCAGAGCCCUGGCAGAUGAAGGGGUCUCUGAGGAGGAUGCCAAGCGCCAAAUCUGGCUCAUGGACUCCCAGGGGAUUGUGCAUGAUGGGAGGAAAGGGCGGCCGCUGACGCCACAGAAGGCGACCUUCGCGCGAAGCCGGGCGGACGCGGGCCUAGCAGAGCAGGUGGGCAAGGACCUCAGCAGAGCCGUGUGGCUCGUGAAACCUGCCACAUUGAUCGGGGCCGCCGCGCAGGGCGGUGCAUUCUCUGAGAACAUUGUCAGGGCCUUGAAACAGGUGACUCAGGAGACUUACGGGGGCGAUGCUCGCCCGGCAGUAUUUGCGCUCUCAAACCCAGUGGAGGAGGCUGAGUGCACGGCGCAGCAAGCCUAUGACUGGACGGACGGCGCAGCUGUGUUUGCGAGCGGCAUUGCGCUGGGGUGCGUUGCUGCGGGGGCGACAGAGGUCACAGACAGCAUGAUGCUGGCGGCUGCGCGUGGAAUCAGUCACAAGCUGACAGCGGAGGAGCUGCAGCGCGAAUCUGUGCUGCCUCGCAUCGAGCGCCUCAGGUGCAGCUUCAGCUUAGCAGCUGCUGAUGCCCAUCUCUGA